AGGCUGCUAUCUGCAUUGAUUUGUGAAUACUUGGACUGGGCGAAACUAAACCACACGCUCAAAGUGUAUCAGCCCGAAUGCAAUUUGCAAAAGGACUCUUGGAAGUCUGAAUUAGACGAGUUUAUAAGCAACCAUGGUCCCGAGCUCAACAGAAAUGCAGAUAGCGCACCACUCCUUCUCCGUGUUCUUGAAGGAUUCUUGAAGUUCGAGAGCAUGCCACAGACCAUGGUUGGUAGUUCAAGGAGAGAGUCAGAAACUGAGUCUUCAUCAAGCCUUGAGUCGAGAAAUCCUCCUCGCAGAUCAUCGGCUUCUGAUAGCUUACCUCCUCUGCGAAGGCCGGGCUCUGCAUCCCAAGGAUCGGAUAGAAGAGCUGGGUUGUCUACUUCUGGGUACAGAAAAGAUGAAUUGAACUGGAGACAAGGGAAUCAAGAUGCGCAUGAAGAGUUAACGAGAGCUUCAGCGGCGCUAGAGAAUCUUCAGCUUGAUAGGAAAACUCGGAACUUAACAUCGUCUUGGAGGAAUGUGAGGGAUGGAACAGAUGAUGAAGAAGGGAGGGAUUGA